CUCCGUUACCAUGGUGCUGAAACGGACGCGUCACUUCCGACUGUCACUGGAAAGAUGGCGGCGCCCAGAGGACAUGCGUUAGUGCACCGGGUCUUGGCGGAAUGUCCGAUCACCAAAGCCCGGGCCUGCGAGCUGACCUUACCGCACGGACCGGUGAAGACCCCGGUGUUUAUGCCGGUGGGGACUCAGGGGACGAUGAAGGGGAUCACGGCUGAUCAGCUGAGGGAUCUGGGCUGUGAGAUCUGCCUGGGGAACACCUACCACCUGGGGAUGAGGCCGGGUCCCGAAGUGAUGAAGAAAGUGAAUGGCCUGCAUGGUUUCAUGAAUUGGGACCGGAACCUUCUCACCGACAGUGGCGGCUUUCAGAUGGUGUCUUUGGUGGAACUUUCCAAGGUGACAGAAGAAGGCGUUCAUUUCACGUCUCCCUAUGAUAACAGAGAGAUCUUACUCACUCCAGAGAAGUCUAUUGAAAUCCAGAAUGCUAUUGGUUCUGACAUCAUGAUGCAGCUUGAUGACGUGGUGAGCAGUACCAUCUCCGGACCCCGUGUGGAGGAGGCCAUGUACAGAUCCAUCCGCUGGUUAGAUCGCUGCCUCGCUGCCAAUAAACGCCCAGAGAAACAGAACCUGUUUGCCAUUAUACAGGGAGGACUUGACGCUCAGCUCCGCAAGAAAUGUUUAGAGGAGAUGACCAAACGGAACGUCCCCGGCUUUGCUAUUGGUGGCCUUAGUGGAGGGGAGGAGAAAGAUCACUUCUGGAAGAUGGUGACCCUCAGCACAGACCACUUACCCAGAGACAAGCCUCGCUACCUCAUGGGGGUUGGAUAUGCCACUGAUCUCGUGGUGUGUGUGGCCCUCGGUUGUGACAUGUUUGACUGUGUUUUCCCCACAAGGACAGCUAGAUUUGGCUCCGCUUUGGUUCCGUGGGGUUCCUUGCAAAUGAAAAACAAACAGUUUGCAAAAGAUUUCCAACCUAUAGACAAAGACUGUAAAUGUCCAACGUGCCUAAGGUACACCCGUGCCUACAUCCACGCUUUGUUCAAAAGUGACACGGCAGGCAUGCAUCACAUUACGGUCCAUAACAUUGCUUAUCAGUUGAAUCUGAUGCGUUCGGUACGGGAGAGCAUUCUGCAGGGGCAUUUCCCCCAGUUUAUACAAGAUUUCAUGAAGGUCAUGUAUGCAACGAAGGACAAAUACCCACAGUGGGCUGUUGAUGCUUUAGAGACUGUCAAUAUCACCUUUAAGUAACUCCAUCAUUGAUGACACUACAUCAUUCCCUCUACUGGACUGGCCAUCUUCUUCGACACGCAGGUUACUGUAUAGGAUCCACCCCUGCGGUGCCAUUAUGAUGGGAUGGUGCUUUAAAUAUGACUGUGUGGGGGACCAAAAGCCAAACCUGUUUAAGUGUAUAUACUGUAUGCUUUAUGAUGUUUUAAUGAUUUUCUCUCCAAAUAUUUCUGAUCCCCCCCCCCCCCUUUUUGUUAUGUUUUUUAUUAAAAAAUAAAAAAAUAAAACUGUCA